AUGCAUCCACAGCACAUUCAGUUCGUGAUUCUGGGACUGCACAUCUCCAGUGUGACUUCGGCAGUAGUCACUGAUAUUCCAAGUAUAUACAGAUCUUGGGGCGAGCUCUCCAUCUACGCCGACAACGUGGAGGAUGCCUUCGGGGUGCAAUUCGUUGGCCUUCCGGAUGGAUGCCAAGUGGAAUCCGUGAGCACUCUUCAGCGCCAUGCAGAGCGAUAUCCUGAUAGUGUGGAUGGAGCAGUUACUGGCGGAUUUGCGCAAAAGGUAGCAAACUACACCAAAGCCAACGGCGGCAAGGAGGCAUUCACGGGGCCAUUGACGUUUCUGAAUUCCCAUGUUUACAUCAUGAAUGACACGGGGCUUCUCACUGGCCGCGGUGCCAGCACAGAAUUCGGCGCAGGCGCAUCGUUUUGGAACCGAUACGGGCGGACUCUGUACGACGCAUCCGUCGCCCAGUUGCAAUACAGUCCGUCCUUUGCGAGCAAUGGGAGCAGCCGCCCAAAGGUUACUCUACGGACAACUGGACAGUCGAGAAUCGAAAAUAGCCUGAUAAACUGGUCGCUUGGAUUCUUCGGUCCAUCUUUCAAUUCGACCCCGGAUCCGACACUGACGAAAUGGGAGAGCCCGUUUAGUGUCGUCAUUAUUCCUGAAGGGGGCACGGAAAACAACACUCUUGCUUCCUACGAUAGCUGCUUCAAUGACAACAGCGAAGCCAAUGGGAACAUUGCGUCUCAGCACCAGGACGCUUACAAGAAGAUCUACUUGCGCUCUGCGCUUCGUCGGCUCCAAGCCUAUGCCCCACGAGGCUUCAAGUUUGACUACCAGGACCUGUAUGCAAUGCAAAUGACUUGUGCUUACGAGUAUUCAUUCAUUGGCAUGUCCGAAUUUUGCAAUUUGUUUACAUUGGAAGAGUGGGACGGGUUCGAAAACGUCCUCGAUCUACAGUAUUAUUACCUUUAUAGCUAUGGCAAUCCCACCGGUCGCGCUCAAGGCAUCGGCUACUUGCAGGAAUUGAUCGCUCGUAUUAACCACGAAUACAUUGCGUCCUCCAACUCAUCCGUAAACGCUACGCUUGACGACAACCCAAACACCUUUCCUCUGGGACAGCAAAUCUAUGCCGAUUUCUCUCAUGAUGAUAUCAUCAUCUCGGUUCUGACAGCCAUGUCGCUAGACUACCUCAAGGAUGCGCCGACUAUAUCCAGGUUCCCCCCGAGCUCCAACAAUCACUUCACUCUGUCGCGUCUCACUCCGUUUGGGGCGAACCUCAUCACCGAGGUCAUCGGCUGUGGUGCAUCUGAUCCUGAGCCCGUGGAGAGGCUCCGGGCUCAAUAUGCGCCAGGGCAGUAUGGCUAUGAAGCUUCAAACUCGAGCCAUAAAUUCGUGCGGAUGCACUUGAACAAUGGCAUCCUGCCGCUCAACACGAUUCGUGGUGGCAAGUGCGGCAACGCAACGUCUGGCCGACUCGACGGCCUGUGCGAUUUGGGUAGCUUUCUGGAGAGCCAGGAGAACGCAUUCGAGUUGAGCAAUUAUGGCUUUGCCUGCUUUGGUAACUACACCCUCACAAACUCGACUACAGGCAUCGACUAUGAUGGUACGAUUAUCCAAGGGAAGAAUUACGCUCAGGUUUAA